AUGGUGGUCGCCCCAGAUAUGGUCGGGGACCGUAUGCAGGUCCAUCAUCCCCACGGAGAUAUGGUGGUGCACGACCCACCGAGCGCCAUGAUACAUACCGACCCCAAUCCCUGUCUCCAUCACGAUCCCCCGUUCGCUCACGAUCAUACUCCUCUCGGUCACGCUCACCAGCGCCGCGUCGAGGUCCCUCAAAGACAGAGUCCCGACACCGCAGGCGCCGGAGUCCCAGCUACAGCAGCUACAGCAGCCGUAGCCGAAGCCCCAGACGAAGUCGAGGCCCCCGUCAUUAAAUGA